UUGGUUCUUUUGGUAAGGAAACAGGAGCCACACAGCACUCCCCCCCCCCCCCAGAUGAACUUCGGCUCUCAGACUACAGCAUUGGGCCAAACUCCAAGAUCAACCUAGUGAUCAAGCUUCCUGAUGAGGCAGCUGCCCGGCACGGGCCCUCAAAGUCUCAGGCCCAGCCUCAGCCACUGCCCACUUGGCUGCUGGUCUCUCAGAUCCUGGCCCGACACUUCAACACAGCCGACACCAGGAGAGUCCUAGAGCAGCUCCAGAAGGACUAUGACCGGAGUCUGCGCCUCCUGAGCUUGGAUGAUAUCGAACGGCUGGCUACCCGUAUGCUCAACUGUACUGUGUCUGAGCCUGUGGAAGUUGGCUUCCUGGAUUAAUUCCUCCAAAAACAACGACAACAACACUAGGGAUGGAUGGAUAGAGUAGCAGGGGUCGCUUUUCUGGCUGUGCCUGCUACCUCCAUCUACUCCCACUAGGGGGUGGAAGGAAGGAAGAAUGGAUGGAAGGAUGAGGGGGUUGGCUUUUGUGGUGCAGAGUGGGAUAGUGGUCAGGGACUGGCUACCGUGACACCCCUCCCUCCCCAGGAUAGCCCUUCCUUGGGCUACUCACCUGACAGCGUCACCAUCAGCCUCUGCUUUCCAGGCAUCCUUGGCCCCCUGGCCCCCAGGGCUGCUUCCCUUUGAGCACAGAAUCAUGGGCUCUUCUCCCCAUGUGCGACCCUCUGCCCAACAAAAGGACAGCCUUACAAAGGAUCAGGAAGCCUGCCUGCCUGCCUGCCUGCCUUCCUUCCUCCCUCCCUUCCUCCCUCCCUCCCUCCCUCCCUCCCUGGAGCAUGGGGAUUACGAGAGCAGCCGCCCUCUGUGGUAGUAGCCUCUCUGCUGGAGCCUCAGGGCUUGGGGCCAGCCCUUCUCCUCGCUUGAAGGCGGGCCCUUCCUAUCUAGUUCUUCUUGCUUGGGUGAUGGGGUUGUGGUAAAGCUCAGGGUUACUCAUUGCCAUCGUGAGGCCUCACCUGCGUGAUCCUCGGGGUCUUCUUACCCGAGGCCUCUGGGCCACCCUAAUUAGGGACUCUUAGUGAGGGGAGGCAGGGGUGGAGGAGCCCCCGGGGGGUCUCUUCUGCCAGGGAGAAAGAGUGAAGCUUUUCACAGUUUUGCUUUCAAUUAAAUCUUUGUUAAACACCUCGAC